UACCUACUCCAAAUUGACGUGAUAAUUUAAACAUUGCUUUAACUCUAACUUUGCAUGCAGAAUCGAAUAGGGAAGAAACAAAAACAUUGACUGCAAUUUUGGACUGCAUACAAAAUUCUACCUCAUCCUCAUUACAUAUUAGUCAUCGCCAGAACAUCUUCACACACACACAGCAAAUGGAGCCGGAGCUCAACGGUGCAGCCGCCGAAGAGCAAGAAGUAGGGUGGGGCAGAUCUCUUCCUGUCCCAAGUGUGCAGGAGAUUGUGAGGAAGGAUCCCAACUGUGUUCCUGAAGGAUACAUCAGGGGCCAAAUCAAAAGAGAUGAAAUCAGCGAACUUCCAGAACUCCACAUCCCUGUGAUCGACUUCUCCAAGCUUUCGGGAGGCGAUGAAGCUGAGUUAAACAAACUGGAUAUUGCAUGCAAGGACUGGGGAUUUUUCCAGAUUGUGCACCAUGGAAUAUCAGAGGAUGUUUUGUAUAGGGUCAGGAAUGCCAUGGCUGCAUUCUUUGAUCUCCCAAUCGAAGAGAAGAAGAGGUAUGCAAUGGCAGAUAAUGAUCUGCAAGGUUAUGGACAAGCAUAUGUGGUGUCUGCAGAGCAGAAGCUGGACUGGAAUGAUCUACUUUAUCUGAUGACAGAGCCGAUUAGGAGAAGUUACAGAUAUUGGCCAACUACAAUACCAGACUUUAAGGAUGCUUUAACAACGUACUCAGACCAGGCGAAGAGAGUAGCAAUGCAACUGCUUUCUCACCUCUCCUUACUCAUGAACAUGAAUAGAGAAGGGUUGUUAAACUUACACGGCGAGAUGGGUCUCGGCAUGCGUCUUAAUUAUUACCCAGCUUGCUCCAGGCCUGAUGAAGUUAUGGGUGUUAGUCCACACUCUGAUGGCAGCUCUAUUACCAUACUCUGGCAAGAUGAAGACAUUGCCGGUCUUCAAAUUAAACAUAAAGGCGAGUGGAUCCCAGUGGAGCCGAUUCCACACGCUCUCGUAGUAAACAUUGGCGAUGCCAUUGAGGCAUGGAGUAAUGGAACAUACCAGAGCAUUGAACACAGGGCUGUGACAAAUGAGAGGAAGAGCAGGAUGAGUCUUGCAACUUUUGUUAUCCCAGACGAGAAUGCAGAGAUUGGGCCUCUGCAACAGAUGCUAGAUGCCACUCUUCUGCCCAAGAUGUAUCGAAAUGUUAAGUACCUGGACUACAUAAGGUAUACUUUAGCAAGAAAGAUGGAAGGAAAAGCGCACACACAUUUGCUGAAAUUAGAACAAGAGUAG